AUGGGGCUCGCUCUGGCGCAGGCGGCGCUGGAUUUCCGGCGGAGGCGGUGGAGGUGGCUGAUCCUCGCCGCCGCCGCCGGAGCGUCCGGAUAUUGCGCGUACCACGUCUACAGCCUCCCUGCUCUGGUGGAGAAGAGGCGGCGGAUGGCGAAGUUGCUGGGGGCGUUCUCGUCCUUGGCGAAGGCUGUCUCCGCCUCGGCGGAGACAGUCGCCAUUGUCUCCGAGGACCUGAACGGUUUUCUCCGCAGUGAUUCCGAUGAGGUUCCAUCCACUGUCAGGCAAAUCUCCAAGAUCGCCCGAUCAGACGAGGUCGCCGCCUCCGUGUCGAGGAUUUCUGAGGCUCUGACUGUGGGAUUGAUCAGGGGGCACGCCGCUGCCGAGUCCAGAUCAGGGAAGGCGGUGGAGUCGAGCUUCCCCGAGCGCAUACUUGACAAGCUUUUCUCCACGGCGGGAUCCGGCUUCGCCUCGGUGGUGGUCGGGAGCUUCGCACGGAACAUGGUGAUGGCCUUCUACUCCCCGCAGAACCAGGCCUCGACGGCGACGGCGUCCAUCGUACCGGAGUGGGUGAAUCUGAUCUACGGCGACGAGUUCCAGCAGCUGAUCGGCAACUGCAUCCAGCUCUUUGUGAGCACCGCCGUCGCAGUUUACCUGGAUAAGACGAUCCACAUCAACACCUACGACGAGCUGUUCUCCGGUCUCACCAGACCGGAGCACGAGGCCAAGGUCAGGGACCUGCUGAUCUCCGUCUGUAAUGGCGCCAUAGAGACCCUCGUCAAGACCUCCCAUCAAGUGAUGAGCGGCAGCAGUCCAGGUCCGGCUUCAAGCUCAUGGACUGACAGAGAAGAAGACACGGAAGCAGAGGUGGAGACGCCACCCAUGAUGCACAUCAGGCGUAGAUCCUUUGACCUCAGCGUCAAGGACGGCGGCCAUGGCUGGGUAGAGAAGGUAUCCUCCACCCUAUCCAUCCCCAGCAACCGGAGCUUGGUCCUCGAUUUGACGGGGAGGGUUACCUCCGAGACGGUGAGGUCCUCCCUCGACUUCAUCCUGCGCAAGCUGCUCGAUGCAGCUAACCAUGGCGCGAAGAUCGUCCGAGGGGAGAUCGUCGAGAAAGGACUGGAUGCGAUGAGGUACGUCCUCGCCAAAUCCAUGAUUAUCUUCGCUCUAUGCCUUGCCCUGUGCCUCCACUUGUUCUCCGGGACGGGCUUCCUGGUUCCGACUACCAGUCUUGAUCUUUCCCAAACUAGUAAUCCUCUCUGA